CAUUUGUCGCGCUCUCCGCCCGCUGAUUGGCCGCCAGGCGCAAAUGGCCUUCAUUAUUGCACUUCAUAUGAUUUUUUGUUGCGGCCUUUUUGACCUCCCAGCCAACCAAACGGCCAACCGACUGACCGACCGAACAGCCAACAAGCGCACAAUCGGCAUCGUCACCACAUCCAUCGUCGUCACCACAUCCAUCGUCGGCACCACAUCCAUCGUCGUCAGCAAAUCGGCCCCUGCCACCACAGCCAGCAAGCACCACAGCCAGCAAGCACCACAUCCUACUGUCUCCCACGCCGUCCCAACCGAGCCAGCCAGUGCCUUCCGUCCGAUCCCAACCAGCCAGACCAACCCAUACCAAACGAUCAACCACCACCAUGGCCGACACCACCCAGCCCAGCCUGGCCACCACUGUUGCCGACGAUGCCACUGAAACCUCGUCGCGACUGGCAAUCCCCCGCAAAGUCCCCGUCAAUGGCCGUGUCUGGAAGUCGGUGCAAACCAAGCGAUCGUCGGCAAAGCGCAAUGUCUCUGUCCGCCCAGGCUGGGAAAUCCAGCAGGCCGAGCGGAGGCGCAAGUCCCUGAUGAAGGCUGCCGAGAACGAAAUGAAGGAACAGGUCAAGAAGGAAAAGGAGUCCAAACGGCUGCAGGAAGAAGAGCGCCGAAAGCGCCGCCUCGAGAACGAAAAGAUGUCCGAGGUGGUCCAAAAGGUCUCGGCCAGCAAAGUCAAACGCAUGAAGAAGAAGCAGAUCCGGGCCCUCGAGAAGCGCUAACAGCAUGCCGGCCCCUCGUCCCCGUCUCAUUCACUGCGCCCCACCGAUUGUAACGGAACACUUGAUUUUGAUCGACCUCUGUCAAGCUUACAUCUCCUCUGGAUCCUGAAUAUACACAUGUGCCCUCGCUCCUU